AUGAAAGGACUGGAACGGCACUGGUACGUGUUGAUGAGGGGACUGGAAGCGGCAGUGGCUGAGGGGAGUGGGAGCGGCAGUGGUACGUGUUGCAGUUGGUUGAGGGGACUGGUAGAGGCAGUGGUAGUGUUGCAGUUGGCUGAGGGGACUGGGAGCGGCAGUGGUAGUGUUGCAGUUGGUGAGUGCGUUGCUAGGCUGAGGGGACUGGGAGCGGCAGUGGUUGAGGGGACUGGAGCGGCAGUGGUUGAGGGGAGUGGGAGGGAGAGGGGAAGAUGGGAAGGGACAAUUGUACCUGUGGUACUGGAUGUACGCAGGGUGAAUGUAGAUGCUGCUACGUGUCUUGUGUACGGUGUAGAGGUAUAUGUUCUGUAUGUCGCGAUACCUCUUAUAGGCGCCGAAGUGAAGGUUUAUGCCAUGAUUUGGGAUGUAAAAACUGUGGCACCGGCUUAUGCGGAGCGUGGAUACACUUUUUCUUCCGGUUCCUCCUCUCCCACCCGUGUAGAGCAGCACACCGGUCAACUGCAUCACACCGGCCCUACUAGUUCAUCAUCUUCUAACCCCGCCCCUUACAUCAUCGUCCCCGUCGCCCUCAUCAUCGUCGUCAUCUGCGUCAUGAUCUACUUCCGCAUCCGGCCCUUCCACAGGACACUAAUGAUUACGUUGAUGAAAAAUCACAUGAGCAGUGAUGUGACUACUUCCCCCCAAGCCAUCGCCGCCGUCGUCGUUGCCAUCAUCGUCGCCAUCAUCCUGCUCGACCUGUGCAUCUUCCGCUUUCCGGUCGGCCGCAACAUCCGCGAUUUCCUCGUACGCAAGAUACCCUUCUGCAUCGCGUUUUACAGCUAA